AUGGCUGAUUCCGACGGCUUGGGGGCCGUGGAGGACGGGUACAACGACGUGGCUCAGCGGAGCAAUCAAGACAGUAUGCGCAUUGGUGAGGAGGGGCGAGUCCCGUUCCAGCGAGUUUACAUGCUGGCGGUAGGCCCAUCCGCAGCCGCGAAUCCCCGCUACGAUCCGAAGAAGGAGCUCCUCGUUAACGGGGCUAGACUCGCAAAAGGCAACGAGCUUUUGGAGGGCGAGCAAACCAAGAUGUAUCUAGAGGUCGGCAUUAUUGACGGCAAGGACCCCAACAAGUACCUCGGCACCGGAAAAGGCCGCGACAAAUCGCGGGAAGCGGCCAGACGGCUGCGUGGAGUACAAGAGCGCGACGAAAACACAAUGCGUGUUUUCAUCCCUGUCACGGAACGCAUUCAGACACAGACAAGAUACUACGUCGGUUGCAUGCCAGUCGACGGUCGCCUGACACCUCGACUAGUGUCAAGCAAACAGGUGUUCUUUUAUCCAGAGUUUUGGCUGAACGUCGACACUCGCCUAUCAUCCAAGGACAAGCUCAAGGAACUCGGCAUAGCAUGCCGUACCCAUGCUGCCAACAUAAAGGAGGGACCGCCCCGUGUACAGACGCUCAUUGUCCUGGAUGAUGACGAGAAAAUCAAAAAAGCACAUCCAUCCAUCACCACUGCGUCGGGGCAUUUGGCCUCAUACCUCGCUCUUCAGUUUUCGUUGUUCCAGGAGUCGAACAACGGCACCUACCUUACCAAAAUGCGUGACACGAUCGAGAAGACUGCCGGCAUAAAGGAAGGAUAUGGGUGCGAGACAAGCUCAGAGGGCCUCUUCGCUUUCCUGGAUUUUGAGGAGUCCCUCUCCGCAGAGUUCGCCACCCAAGCCGCUGCCGAACUCGAGGCUUCCGCUGGCAUCUACAUGACUAGCGACUUCCUUGCCGGUCUUCACUCCGUGCUUUCUGACAUGGACGAAGACAAGCGAUCCUUUCUAACGUCAAAAACCCUCCCGUUCUUCUUCGACUAUUACAAAGAAUUUGUUGGAUCAGCAGUCACGAAAGCUGGAGUAGACCAGGCUGUCCGUGCUACGGCUAUCCACGACAGAACAGGCACGCCCAGCAUUUCCCUCCAACAGAGACGCAAGACCGACACGACGUCAGAGAAGCUUCAAGGGAUACUGUCUAUUCUCCAUAAAAGCAUCUCAACCCUCUGCCACUAUUCAAGAGAGUCAAGCAACGCCACAACCAAAAAGUUUGGCGGUAUUCUAGAGCGAAACACCACCGACGAGCUAAUGGCGGACAUCUCUGAGGCAAUCGAUAAGCCGCAUCUUCAAGGCUUGAUUUCCGAACUGUUUGCGUUUGAAGCUGAGGCUUCAGAAAAACCGAUCAAUAGAGCCGUUCAAACUAUCGGGAAAGACAUUUUGGAAUACAUCCAAGACCAACUGGCUCGAGAGAAGGACAGAAAAGGCACCGAGCGUCCUCGCGACGACGACAAAGAGGAUGGCAAAAAAGAUGGCGGGGCCCAGGCCAAGGCACAGAAAAAGAAGUAA